AUGAAGAGCGUGACCAACAUGUUAUGGCUUUUCGUCGCCAUCACCGCGGCUCAUCCCACACGGGUUAACACGGCCAGCGUCGCCGUCCGUGUCGCUUCGGCCGACGAACCAUCACCAACCCAGACCGCACCGCCCGGCCUCAAGGAAGGGGACCUCAUAUGCCGGCGCGAUCCAUGCAAGACCUCUUGCUCCCGCUGGGCGCGUAAAUGGUCUCUUGGACGCAGCUGCACCGACUGUCACGAGAUCCACGAUCAUUGCUACUACUCGCCCAAACAAGGCAAUUGA